AUGGCGCCUAUUCCCUCUCGCCCAGUCGUCCUCGUCACCGGUGCAUCCCGCGGCUUAGGCCUAGCAGUAACCAAGAUUCUCCUACAAGAAUUCCACGCCAGAGUCGUCACUAUCUUCCGAACAGUUACGCCCGAGCUUCAGGCGUUGAAGGACCACUAUGGAGGAGACAUCCAGUUGGUACAGGGGGAUAUCGCUGCGCCUCGCUCCCUCCCCCACCGCGCUAGUCUCAACGCCGGCAUCGCCGACCUCACCCGUAUAGAGAACACCAAUCGUGCGCACUGGCUGCAGACAUUCGACACCAACCUUUUCUCCGUUAUCAAUACGCUCGUACCUGCUAUCCCCGCGCUGAGAGCGAAUGAGGGGAGGGUGGUGCUUGUGAGUAGUGGUGCUGCGACGGGGAAUACGGCCGGGUGGGGGAGUUAUAACGCUAGCAAGGCAGCGUUGAACUCUCUUUGUCGGUGCGUUUUCCUUCACUUCCUCACCCUCUCAUAUUUCACCCUCGAACCCCUUACCAUUACUAUUUCCAAAACACAACUAACAAAGAGCAGGACAUUCGCCAACGAAGAACCCCUCAUAACCACCAUCUCCCUCCGCCCAGGGCUCGUAAACACCCCAAUGCAAGCCCAGAUCCGCACUCCCUCCGUCCAAGCCCAAAUGCACCCUUCAGAGCACGCGCGCUUCAUACAGGCUUACGAAAAGGGCCAGCUGGGUGAGUCAGAGGAGAGGGGGUACGUCGUGGCUGCUUUGGCUGUGAGGGGGUCGAAGGAGCUGAGUGGGGGGUUUUGGAGCUGGGAUGCGGAGGAGAUGGGGCCUUAUAGGCAGCUGGCGCCUUGA